AUGGAUAGGGACGACCCGAACCUGAAGCACCCGCACGACUGGUACAAGUACGGCGAGUUCGGGCCCUACUCGUGGCGCGGUGUGGUUCUCGGCGACCCCAUCCGUGGGAGCUUUUCCGACGAGCGCGUCUCCAUGAUCGGCAGCGUCCGGGACCAAGAGGAGUGGGAGAAAAUCGAGCAGCACGACAUGGCGGUCGAUUUUCAGAAAAGGCUUGACGCCAUGGAUAGGAACAAGAAAUCAAGGUACUUUUGGGUUUUUGUCAGGCACCCAAAAUGGAGGAUUUCAGAUCUGCCAUGGCAGCAGUGGACUCUGGUUUCUGAAGUGGUGCUCGAGGCCGGCGAUCAACGAUUGGACAAAUGGACUCUAAUGGGAAGGCUCGGGAAUAAAGCCCGAUCCCUAAUCACAAAAUGCGCGGCUUGGAUGAGGCCCGACAUUAUCUACGUGAAGCGACCUGUUUAUCAGUGCAGGUUUGAGCCUCAGGAAGAUUUCUUCUCUGCCCUGGCCCCACUGCUUGACCCGGAAACUGAACACGACUACCCGUGUGAGCUUGAGGACGAGCAUGGGAAUGUGGAGACUUGCACCUACUUUGGCGGGCUCUGCAGGAUUGUUCGGGCCAGCCCGAAAUCGUUUGUGGACGAUGUGGUAAACGCGUUCGAGAAGCUGACGGAUGAGAAAAAAUCAAAGUGUCUCGAGUUCUUGUUCACUAACCAUCCGGUUAUGCUUUUGCACCCGUACACUAAGGAGUGGAAGCUGAAGUUGGAGGAGAUGGAGUUGGGUUGUGAUGCACCCGAUGAGUUUGAGUUUGAAGAUGGUGAAAAGGAGAUUCUUGAUUGGGUUGAGGAUGAUGGUAAUAAUGAUGAUAAUAAUGAUGAUGAGUAUGAUGAUGAUGAUGAUGAUGAUGAUGAUGAUGAUGAUGAUGAUGAUGAUGAUGAUAACGGGGUGCCGGAUGAUGUCAUUGAUGACAUGAAAGGAGAAGGGGAUGAGUUGCUAGGGAUUCGAGAGGAUGAGGAUGAGUCGGGGCCGGAGCAAAAUGCGGAGUAUUGGGAUGAAGAGUUUAAGAAGGCGAUGAGGAGCAACGAGGGUAUGGAGAAGCUUGUGGAGAGGAGUAUAGAGACGGCUAAUAAGUUUUAUGAGGGUCAAAUGGGGUUAAAUGAGGAGGAGAGUAAUAAAGGGAGGGAUUUGAAGGGAGAUGGGGAUGAGUUGGAGAUGAGAGGGAAAAGGGCGAAAAGUCCUAUCCGGGUGGGCGGUUGUCUCUGGGAGUCGGAUUGCAGGUUAAUGCGGUUUGUUGCUGACUGA